AUGGGAAUUAAAUUAGCUACAACAAUUUGUGCCCUUUUAGGGUUUUUAACAAGUAUUGCCUGUUUAUAUUCUGGUACUUGGCUUUAUAAUGAAAUGAAUGAAAUAAGAAAAGAAUUAAAUGAAGAAAUGCAAAAUUUUAAAGAACAAUCUGAUGAAAUUUGGAAUAUUUUAGUAAAACAAAAAAGAAGAGAAAAAAGAGCAGCUUAUGAUGAGGCUGAUAGUAAUUCUUCUGAUUUAACUGAAAAUAAUAAAAAUAAAGUUGAUGGAAAUGAAAAAGAAAAUAAUAAUAAUAAAAUAAAACAAAGUGAAGGAUCUAAACAAAAAAUAAUUAAACAACAAAAACAACCCCAACAAUCACCUGCAAAUAAAUGUAAAUGCUCCGAAAGAAAAUGCCCUGCUGGACCUAAAGGUCCCAAAGGUCCGCCAGGAGCGAAAGGAUUGGAUGGAUUACCUGGAGAGCCAGGAUUAUCUGGAGCAUCUGCAGAUGAUGUUCAGGCUCAUGUUCAACAAUUAGAUAAAUGCUUCCAUUGCCCACAAGGACCUGCUGGUCCUCCUGGCCUUCCUGGACGACCUGGACCAAGAGGAAUGAGAGGUGGAAAAGGACAGCCUGGAGUGCCAGGAAGGGAUGGACAACCUGGAUUCCCUGGCGGGCUUGGUCCACCUGGAAAGCCUGGUCCGAUUGGAGCAAUUGGCGAGACUGGUUAA